UUCCUGUCGUUUGUGACCAACGAUGGAAACACCGCGACCGACGUACAGAGGACACCGGAAGCAGUCAUUCUGCGCGGAGGACCUGCAGGAGAUGAACGAGCUGCGUGCUCGCCAUCGGACAUUUGACGGCGCCUACCGCAGGACGGCGCUCGCAAAUCUUGGAUAUGCGUUGACGGUGCUGCGGCUUUUCGAUAUGAGAUUUUACAAAAUUGGAAUCCUCUACCUCGUGCUCUCCGCCUUCCUCUUUCUCUUCGAGUACAUACGUGGAGCGAGUGCUCGACACGCCUUCUCGGACUCGUCGGAAUCAGACGCGAAGCUCUGGGAGCUCGCACAGCCCACCAAAGGGCAGGAGAACGCACGGGAGUUUGGCAAGCCGUUCGUCACAGCGGGCGCUAGUGUGCUCAUCGUCGCGGGCCUCGUCGCUGCGACCGAGAUCUGUGUUAUUGUGCUCAUCUUCACGAUGUAGCUCGACGCUCCUCAACUCGGAGAUGUGGAGGUGGAGUUUAUGCGGCUCUGCCUCGUCCUAUGACAUGUCGCUGCUAUGUUCUGCUUUGGAUCUGUUUGCUUUCGGUGUUUCACUUGCUUCUUGCAUCAUUUGUAUUCUAUCAUAUCUGCAAUACCCAACAAUGGACAUGACUACUAAAGCAUCCUUUCUUGCCUGGUGUGCAGGAGACUGAUCCUCAUGGUGAUAGAUGUCCGCCCAAACUGCAAGCCAGAUGCUCGUUUCUUAGCCUUUGCUAGAGUUCAGGCGAUGCAAAUACUGUUUAUGCGUCCUAGAUGUAUGUUUGGGGUUCGCCAAGCCUCUUUG